UCCCUCUGCCCGUCGUGAGCAGCUCCCGAAUCCUUCGUUCUUCCUCCUUCUCUCCCUCUUCUUUCGUGCCAUUCUACUGCUCCUGGUGUAAGACCAAAGCUGUAUCUCGAAAAUAGCCAGACGAAUCUACAAGACCACUCCUCACUCGAACACAUUCACCCAUCAUGUCGAUUCCCGAGAAGUUCACCGGCUUCCAGGUCAACAGUGCCGAGGCCUGGCAAGACUUUAAGAAGCAGGAGUUUGACCCCAAGCCGUUUGGCGACUACGACGUCGAUAUCAAGAUUGAGUGCUGCGGUGUCUGCGCCAGUGAUGUUCACACGAUCAAGGGUGACUGGGGUGCCCAGCCCUACCCUCUGGCCGUCGGUCACGAAAUCGUCGGAAAGGCCCUGAGAGUCGGCUCCAAGGUCACCAAGAUCAAGGAGGGCUCGCGUGUCGGUGUUGGAGCCCAGUCCUACGCUUGCCUCGAGUGCCGUCAGUGCAAGAAUGACAACGAGACAUACUGCAAGCACCAGCUUGACACCUACGGAUCAACGUUCCCCGACUCCGGCGCCAUCUCCCAGGGUGGCUACUCCUCCCACGUUCGCACACACGAGCACUGGGUCUUCCCCAUUCCCGAGGCCCUUCCCAGCACUAUGGCUGCUCCCAUGCUUUGCGCUGGCCUGACAGCUUACAGCCCUCUGAUCAGAAACGGCUGCGGCCCUGGCAAGAAGGUCGGCAUUGUUGGUAUUGGUGGCAUCGGUCACUUUGGUGUCAUGUUUGCCAAGGCUCUGGGCGCUGAGGUCUGGGCCAUUUCCCGUUCGCGAUCCAAGGAGGCGGACUCUCUGAAGAUGGGCGCCGAUGGCUACCUGGCGAGCGGCGAGAAGGGCUGGAACGAGCCCCACAAGAUGACCUUUGACCUCAUCCUCAACACGGCCAACUCAUUCGAGGGCUUCGACCUGUCUGCCUACCUCAGCCUUCUUGAUGUCCACGGCAAGUGGGUGUCUGUUGGUCUCCCUGGCGGCGGUGGUAUCACCGUUCGCAACCAGGACUUCCUCCCCAACGGCUGCUUCAUUGGCAGCUCCCACUUGGGCAGCAGACGCGAGACCUUGGAGAUGUUGCAGCUCGCUGCCGAUAAGGGCAUCAAGACGUGGGUGCAGGAGGUUCCCAUCAGCGCUGAUGGUUUGAGGUCGGCGAUGAACGGCAUUGAGGAUUCUAGCGUCCGCUACAGAUACUGCCUGACCAACUACGAGGAGGCAUUUGGCCAGUAGGCAUGAGAUGGACUGUGUGGGUGUGAGGUGAAUAGCGAAGCAAAAGAAUACCAUUUAAUGACCAUUUGCAAAUGCAUAUAAUCUGGAUCCUCAUCUCAGCAGACGCACUGAUCAAAGCUGUGAGAUAUCAAGUAACUCAACUCCAACGGCGGAAUGCGACCGAAUGGAGGAGCUCCGCCAUUCCGGGCAGUCAUUUUCCGGGCGCAUUUGUAGGUAAAAUCCCUUC